CUUGCAAACGAAGACUGCAAAAUUCCGAUGAAGUGCACCACGCAUUUUACUUAAUGUUCAGUGCAGGGUUUCGCUGAUUUCGUUUGUUAAGUUGCAGAGCGUAGACUCGGCGAAGGAAAGAAUAACUCCGUCAUUGAUUCCACCGUAGCAACGACGAGUAACAAUCGAAGGCCUCGAAGCAGGCGGUGCGGUACGCAUCGUCUAUUGCACUUUACCGCAAUGCGUAAAUAUCAACAGCUAGCGCUGGUGCUGCUAUCCAUAUCGUGUGUUGUGAUACUGCUUGUGUAUAAGAGCGAAAACAACCGGCUCAAGUAUGUGCUCGAGGUGGUGAACAUAUUCGGGCGCAACGAUGCGGCCAGCUUGAUUCGCAUAGACAAUAGCAGCCGGUUGCACAGUUCGCCGUACGACUUCGACAGCCCACUCCCAGCCUGGCAGCGCAUCGGCGAAGGUUUCUACGUGUACUCGUCGUUCUGGCAGAAAAACGAGCUGGCUGCCGGCGGCACGGUCAUCAGCAUCGCCGUCGGACUGGAGCACGCGGUCGUGAAUUUCAAAUGUCAGAUACAGCACGGCACUAGCGAUGUCGUCACCGGGAAGCUACAUUUCAUACGGCUAGAGCAUCCGACAGGCUCGGUUAAGAGCCCCAACGGCGAGGUAUUUACGGUGUACAAGCUGCUGUGCAAGGUGGGCAGGGACUUUGGCCAACCGACGGAAAUCAUUUUCACCGAUACCACCCGGUCCAUAAAAAAAUAUGUCCCGUUGCGGGUGCUCGAGAGUCGCGCGGUGCAGCAAAAAAUGACUAUGACUGCAUGCGUCGAUAUGACCGAUUACCUGGAGCUGGAGGAAGAAUUCCGGAUGCCAUCGGCAGUGCUUCAAUACUUUUUGCACCAUCAGAUAGUCGGCGUAGAGGAUUUCCUUGUCUACAACAGUAACGCGCUGAACGGGGCCACCACUUCGCUCCUGUACAAUCACGGCAUCAAGAUUAACAUUCUGCCGUAUAAUUUCCCGUUCGAUUUGGCGGAAAAACAGCAGAACAGGCUUUUGAUCGAGAUGGACUGUUUGAUGCGUAACUACAACGCGGCCAAGCUCACCUUCAUCGGUGCGAUCAAUGAAUAUCUGUACCCCAGCUCUCGGUUGCGAGUGAACAACAAGUUUCUUAAAUAUGCCUGGAAAGUGUCGAGCGAUGUGUCCCGCUUUACACUGGGUACCAGAUCGGUGUGCAUAGAUAAGAGGAAAAAGAUUUUCUCGGAUAAUCUCCUGUACGAUGUGGAUUCGCACCUAGGUACCCCGUACGACCGACCAUUCUACAUCCACAAGCCACAGGAUUACAACCGCACGGCUGGGACACCUGAUUUCGUGAAAGCAUUGGAUGUCGACCGAAAUAUGAUCUUUGUUCAUCGAUACGGAGGAGCAUGUAACAGCAAGACGAACCUUCACGAUUGGACCACGAGCCUACAGGCCGAUUUUCUACAGUACGUCACAGAUGUGGGGCGAGAGUUGAAUAAACUUAUUUUCCGAUAAGCAGGCCAAAAGGGUUGACGAAUGAAGGAAACUGAGAAGCGGCAGUGAUAUGUAUCUAGUUUUCAAUGGCAGCUUUUGAAGCAUGGUUGAAAUGCGUCAAAAUAAAAAGUGAAAACUACUCGCUCAAAAAUAAAGUUCUUGCAUGCACAAGCAGAAACCCGUACGUAACCUCGGUAUCCAUGCUGAAGAAUUUUCAUUGGUUUCAAGUAAGUCCUUUUCAAGUCCUGCGUCACUUUCUCAGAAGUCAGAAGAACCAUAGCUUCAGCCAAAGCAUCACAUACGAAACACAAUAGGGAGGAAUUUAUCAAUAAUAUUAUACUCCAAUAUAAUUCAACUCUUUAAAAACUCAAUCUCUCCCUGUUGGUUAAGCCAUUGCCCCAUUAGUUUAUUUUUAGGUAGAAGUCGGUUCAUUUGGAACUGCUCAACACAUGGAAGACUCCCAUGGUUAGAUAAGCAAAAGAAUCUCCAAGCAAAAAGAUGUAGGUUGUAAGCCAUCUAGGCACUAAUGUAGGACAAGGUGAAUCGCGAGCGGUACAGAUUUUAACGAUACUAUGAAACAAUAAUUACUCAAUCAAAUUUCUUCUUCGAAAAUAAAGGUAAUCCAUCUAGCAGCGCCAUCCGAACAAUAUCAAUGCAAUACAAUUUUUAACAUUCAAGUUCUGCAAACAUAUAAAACGAUUGAGAAUAAAGUAAGGAUUUCUGGUUAAAUUACUGCGAAAAUAAUGUGCAUUUGUCGUUUGCUGCGUGUACCUAUAUUAAGUAGACAUCUAAUUUGUCCAAAGAAAUGAAUCCUUAAUGAUGCCCAAAUGGUAAAAUGUUUUAAAGAUGUAAAUAUUUAACAAAAAAAAAACUACCAAUGUACAGCGAUAUCGAGUGACGAGAAUCAAAUAACUCAGAUUGUGUUCAUAAAUUGCUACCGAAAUGUAAUUACAUUAUUAUUUAUCACAUUACCAUUUCGUUCAGAAAUCCAUCAGCUUAUACCAUUUGUUACAAAUCCUUUGUAACUAAUGCAUAUCCUGAUAUAUGAUACUAAUGUAUGUUAUGAUACCCAAGUAUGUACGGUCUUGGGAUGUAGUAUAUCGAAAAAUAAAAGAAUGUUUUUUUCCAUUGACAUGGGA